AUGCAGUUGACUAGGAACAUUGUGCGCGGCUUCUCGGGAGAGACCGUAUAUGCCAUCAUCAACCUCGUCAAGGGCGCGUUCGCCGGCAUGAAGGCCCUCGACGCACUGAACGGCAACUGCGUCAAGUCGACCCACACGGACGAGUACUUGGAGAUCACGCGUGUCGAGUUGGGCGCGCUGCCGCCAUCGCUCACGAGCCUGGUUUUGGACGGCUGCUUUACGACUGAGAUUGCGUUACCCGAGGCGACCAACCUCACCGAGCUGUACGCACAUCGUCAUCUCUUGACAUCGUCUCACCUGACGGCGUAG